AUGCCAAACAGAUAUGCGAAUCGCUUGACCACGAUGACCAGGGAGCCGAGGGGCAAGCCCUACGGUAUCGACAUACUUCGCCAGCAAUGGAAUUAUUGCAACCAAAUUACAUCGCCGCCUAUUUCGGAUCGCCCGGAGUCAUCCCUAAAAGUGGUGCAAGCAUUGGACUCCAUUUUGCCGAUCGACAGCAUACCAAUCAACGGCAAUGCUCAUCCUUUGCUACCAAUAAAGGCAGAGCUGCUGCACUGGGUUGGAAUAGCAUUUUCAGAGGCGUUUGUUUUGUGGCCUUUCAUUGACAGAAGAUACAUCGACGGGAUCGUGUUUCGGCUGUACAACACGAACACAUUCGGCCAAGAUGAGAACGACCACGAUGACUUGGCGCUGAUCUACUCACUACUGGCCCUUGGAAUGCGCUUCGAUAUGGCCAGCACUGCCUCAGCGGACACCAGGCGAGUACAAGGGUUGGCGUACUUCGCGGCUGCUAGAGACAUGGCGCCAUUGCCAAACUGCGACCGUAGUCUCCCGGCGCUGCAGACUAUCCUGUGCAUGGCAUUAUACCUCAAGGCUGGUGCCGCUCUGACGCGGGUACACGCGUAUGUGUGUGCUGCUGCUAGUGGUGCGCUACGGAUGGGACUACACGAAGCGGUUCCAGGCUAUCCGGCCGAUGAGCAGACGACACGACAGCGCGUAUGGUCCACCGUCCGCAUGUUGGACGCAUACGUGUCCAGCUCGCUAGGCAUCCCGCAUGUCAUUUCAUCGCGAGAACAGAACGUGGCGCCGUUUCCACUAUGGUCCACAGCUGUUGUUGAUGAAGAAUUGGUUCCUUGCAUUGCAGCCUCGCAGCUAUCCAACAUGUUGAGCGGAGCGAUUGAUUAUACGUAUCGCCAUACGUCUGCAGGCAAGGCUGUAGAUGGUGGUAGCUACACCAUUAACGAGCAGAACCUUGCGACGGCCUGCGACGAGCUUGAGGCAUGGACGCAGAACUCCCCAGCACUGGCCGUACCCAUCGAGAAUAUGACCAGAUUGCAACUGCUGCUUUCGUAUCUACACGCGUGGGCACACCUCACAUUGCUGUCACCGUUCGUACAUCAUCUGCACAACACGCAAUCGCGCUCAGAGAAACCGACCCGAGAGGCUGCCUACGCGCACCGAGCUGUUCAGGCAGCCCUUUACGCUGUCCAAGUGGCCGAAACCCUCCACAAGCGCCUUCAGCUCCAUGAAGCAUACUUCACCACAAUCGACGUCCUCGUCCAAGCCGCAAUGGUUCUCCUUGUAGUUGAGCUUGGCAGCUCCAACUCGAGCCUCUUAUCCGAAUCCAUCAAAUACGGCAAGCGAGCGAAAGAGCUGUUGCUCAACCUCUCCCUGCAAAACCCAGCAGCAAAGGAAUGCUGGGAAGCCUUAUCUCCGAUGCACCAGGCUGUCAAGAACAUGGGACAGCCGUAUACACAGACCACUGCCAAGCGACCGGCAACGCUGGUGGCGCAGAGCAGUGUUGAUUCUGGAAUCGAUGUCAACAGCCCCGAGAUGGGCUUUAACCCCAACCCAUUUGUGGUGCAGCCGAACGAUCUUGUGUUGAGCCUGCCUCCGAGGGCGAGAAGGGUUGGUAGCGGUGGGUAG